ACCAAAACAACAUAUAUUGCCGUAAGCGCAAGACAAUGUGGGUCUUUUCAAGGCCGCAGUUUUGGUUCGAACAGCUCGUUGUAAAUCUUUACCAAGAUCAUCUGUGGUGUGAGCACUUCAGAGUGACCAGAGAUACUUUUGAACACAUCUGUGGACUCGUUGGCCUUGAACUGGCACGACAGAACACAAUUCUUUGCCAGCCUAUCUCCGUAGAGAAGCAGGUUACCGUUGCUCUUUGGAGAUUAGCUACUGGGAAUUCAUAUAGAACCAUCAGGCUAACCUUUGGAAUCAGUCGAUGCACUGCUAUGAAUGUAAAGGACGAAUUCUGCACUGCCUUGUCACAAAGAGUGCAUGAUUUUAUCAAAUUUCCCAAGAGUGAGGCCAAAACUGGGCAAUCCAUACAGGAAUUUCAGGACAUUAGCCGUUUCCCUCGGGUCUUAAGCAGACUUGAUGGAUCCCAUAUUCCAAUCAGGGCGCCCAAAGAAGAUCCAAACGAGUGUGUUAAUCGGAAAAGCUUCCACAGCAUUGCUUUGCAGGGAGUCGCUGGUGCUAAUGGCAAGUUUUUGCAUGUGAGUACUGGCUAUGCAGGAAGUAUUCACGAUGCUCGCAUGCUACGAAUGAGCUCACUACUACCUGCAAUAGAAAACGGCGACAUCUUGCAUGCCCAACGCGUGGGAUAGGUGGCACCCAAGUAAAACCACUCAUUGUUGCUGACCCAGCUUAUAAACCAUUUCCUCAGACCAGAGCCUUAACCGAUAGCCAACGAGAUUUCCAUUAAUCAUUGAGCAGUGCAAGAGUGUUUGUGGAGCAGACAUUUGGACUGUUGAAGGGGAGGUGGAGGUGCCUACUGAAUAAGCUGGAUGAAUCAGUGGAGAAAGUG